AAGUCUGCCAACUAAGAACCCCUCCUCUCUCUCUCCCUCUGUUAUCGAUCUCUCCAUGUUACUUACAGAAACUCAAAUUGGGGUUCUCGAAGAUUUGUGAUUAACGAUGGCUUUCAGAAGUUUACACCGGAUUCGAGCUCUCUAUCGUACGGCCCAGAUUGCAGAAUCCUCCCAUCUGCUUGGAAGCUCCAGAGGCUAUGCCACUGGUAUUUCAAAUGUCCCUGGAUUCUAUUGCCGGAACGUAUCGUCUUGCUUGUACAAGGGCAGCCAUGGGGGCCUUCCUUGGACUCAUGGAAGUUCUAUAACAUUGCGUUCUGCACUGGCUGUUGAGUUUCCGAUUUUCUUGAGUGACACGAGGUCACUAUCAACACAAGUAAAAGCCCCUGCACAAGCAAGACAAAUGGGUGCUCUUAGAGUAGCCAUGUUGAGUCCAGGUUUUAUCUAUGAGCCUUAUACACCUCGUGAAAAAGUCUCAUUUUUCAAAAGAUGGUUCACAAGAAGCGGGUGGAAAAGAACAAAAGAAGAUAUAAUUAUAGAGCUCAAAAGUGCAUAUGCCAUUGCCAAAUUAAGAAAAAAGGGGUAUUCAAAGAAUCUAUUCUACAAAGAAGCAAUAAACUUAUACAAGGAGAUAAAUACUUUAAUGGCAAACGGGGACAAAAAUACUUUAAGGAAAGCAGUUACAGAGAAAAUGUUUUCCGAACUAAAGAAUGAAAUAAAACAAAGAGAUUCCAUCUGGAGUAAGGUGUACUGGGAAUUGGUGGAACCAGUUGUGAAAAUACGAACUUUGCGAGCACGACUGAUUGGCGUUGAUCGAAAUGAUCUUGAGAAGGUGUUCAUACAGCUUACGCUUGAGUUUCUGACAAAGCAGAAAUUCGAAGCAUAUGACUCGAAGGGUGCUGUUGUAGCUGGAGAUAAAUCGAAGGAGGUCCUUGUUCGCGAUAUCUGGGUAUUUGAAAAAUCUCUCUUCCAGCCUAAAGCUUUCUGGCGUCUAUGCGGGAGGAUUUCUGUCUAAGCAAGCUAUCCUUCCCAUAAAUCUACCGUGUUGAUGACGAACUAUAUGCUGUUACCCAAUUUUGUAAACUGAGCAUAUCACGAUUUACCAUACUAGUUGUAUGCAUGUAGCUACAGCUUUUAUUGUUGAAUUCAACUUUUAACCCGAGUUACGCGCUUGGGGAUCGAUCCUUGGAGCAUUCUAACAUUAUUUGUACCUUAUUCUUUUGCAAUUCUAAAGAAACUCUCCUUUUUGCAA